AUGGCGGCGUCGGGGCGCGCGGUGCCCAGCGACCUGUUCCCGCUCGUCUUCACCUUCCUGAGGGAGAACCACUUCGAGGGGGCGGCGCGCGCCUUCGGCAAGGCGGCCGGGGUGACAGAGCAAGAUCCCAAUGCUGCUUCUCUCUUGGACGUCUUCAACUACUGGCUGAAGUCUCCUGAAGCCAAAAAACGGAAAGCUUUUCCCAAUGGCCCACCUGCAAAGAAAGCAAAGAGAGAGUCUUCGUCCAGUUCUUCGAGCUCCAGCGAAGAUGAGGCGCCCCCAGCCAGGAAAGCAGCUCCAGGAAGUAAGCCAGCCCCCGCCCGUAAAGCAGCGGUAAAGGCAGCCCCUGUCAAGGCAGAAAGCAGCAGUGAGGACUCCAGCGACUCUUCAGACUCUGAGCAAGAGAAGAAGAAGGUCGGGGCCAAGAAUGGAAAAGAUCUCCCGGCGAAGAAAGUUCCCUCCAAAGCAAAGCCCCAGAAGAAGACUUCGUCGAGUUCCAGUUCAGAUUCCAGUAGUUCAGAAGAUGAAGCGCCGAAGAAGCAGCCGCAGAAACCAGAAGCUGUCAGAAAGGCAGGGAGGUCUCCUUUGAAGCCAGCAAAAAUUGCCAAGGGGACACCCAGAGUUGCUAAUGGCACAGCAGAGGGUGGCAGCAGCAGCAGCAGCAGCAGUGAAGAUUCUGACACCGGAAAAGGCACACCUGCAAAGACUGCCCCGAAGAAAGCUUCGCUGUCCAAACCUAAAGCUGCCCGUCCACCCCUUGGUCAAGGCAAAGCUGUGAGCAAGCAGAAGAGCAGCAGCAGCAGCGAGGAGGAUUCUUCUGACAGUUCAGAAGACGAGAAGCCCGCCUCCAAGCCCAAGCCUGGCCAGUACAGUGCUGUGCCGCCACCUUUGGUCUUAGAACCAAAGAAAGGCAAAGGGCCAGGUGUUGCUUGCAAGAAAAUUAACAGCAGUGGCAAAAAGGAGCAGAAGGCAAAGAAGACAGCAGCUGAACAGCUCGUAGCUAAACAACCAUCUCACCCCAAAUCUGCUGCUCUCACCCAAAAAGGAGUGUCUUCCUCAGAGGAUGAUUCGGACUCCAGCUCUGAGGAGGAAGGCAGGAAGGUGUCGGUCAAGCCCUGUGCCAAACCUGCCGCAGCCAAGGGGAUCACGAAACCAGCGCAGGUGAAGCAAGCGGACAGCUCCUCUGAUAGCUCAGAUUCCGACAGUUCAGAGGAAGAAGCUCCAGCAAAACCAGCUCUGAAGAAGGCAAACAAGGCCGGUAGCUGCUCUGGCAAAGACAAGAGAGCCCCCACGUCCAAGCCUGGUGCCAAGACUACCAAAGCAGUCUCCAAAUCAAAGGCCCCCGCUUCCAAAUCCAGCAGUUCAGACUCAGAGAGUUCAAGCAGUGAAGAGGAACGGAGCAAGCCUCUCUCAAACUCAGCUGGCAGAACACCCGGAAGCCGCCAGGCAGCAGGUGCCAGCAGUACCUCUUCCGAUAGCUCCAGUGAUGAAGAGCCUAAAAAGGGAGGAGGCAGACUAGGGAAGGGGGCUCAGAGCGCUAAGCAGAAGCCCAAGGCCUCAUCCACACCGGUGGGGAAAAGUCCUGCAGCGAAGCCUUGCAAAGUGGCUGGUGUCACAACAAGCCACGAGAGCGGUUUGGACCAAGGGGCAGUAAACGGAGGCCUGGCCAACAAGAAACGAAAAAGGGAAGACGAUCCGGUGCUGGAAACUCCUGAGCUCAAGAAGAGCAAAAGCAAACCUCAGACACCCCACUCAUUCCCCAAGAUGAAGCAGCAGUCAAGUCCAUUCCGCAGAGUGAGAGAGGAAGAGAUUGAAUUGGAUUCCCGGGUAGCUAACAACUCCUUUGAUGCCAAGAAAGGAGCAGCUGGAGACUGGGGCGCAAAGGCCAACGACGUCCUGAAGUUUACAAAAGGCAAAUCCUUCCGUCAUGAGAAGACAAAGAAGAAGAGGGGAAGCUACUGCGGCGGCACCAUCUCAACGCAAAUAAACUCCAUCAAGUUUGAAAGCGAUUGA